AAGAGUGGCGUGUUUUCCAAUCCGCGUUUUUUCUUAAAAAUUUUAAAGCCAUAUUAAUUGCAGUUAUAAAUCAUCCAUUAUAAAAAAAUAGUUUAACCAAAGACAAAAACCUCAAUACAGUAGUAACCAAUUAAAAAUGGACUCCGAUUUGUAUGAUGAGUUUGGAAACUACAUUGGCCCUGAUUUAGACAGCGAUGAAGAUGAUGAACAAAGCAUUUAUGGUCAGCCAGAUGUACAGGACGAUCCAGAGGACGCAAUGGAUGAAGAUGAGGUGGAGCCGCAGGAGGAUGAGGACAAGGAAGUGACUGCAGUAGUACUUCACGAGGAUAAACGAUAUUAUCCAUCUGCGGUCGAAGUUUACGGGCCAGAUGUGGAGACAAUUGUUCAGGAGGAAGAUGCCCAGCCGCUGGACAAGCCACUUAUCGAACCCGUUAAGAAGCUGAAGUUCCAGAUCAAGGAGCAGGAUAUGCAGGAGACCACUUACGAUAUGGAGUUUAUGGCGGAUUUGAUGGAUACUCCUCCGCUAAUUCGCAACGUGGCAUUGGUUGGGCACUUGCACCACGGCAAAACCACGUUUGUGGACUGCCUUAUCCGUCAGACGCAUCCGCAGUUUGAGAACAUGGAGGAGCGCUCGCUGCGCUAUACGGAUACGCUUUUCACCGAGCAGGAGCGUGGAUGCAGUAUUAAGGCUACUCCUGUUACCCUGGUCCUGCAGGAUGUCAAGCAAAAGAGCUACUUACUGAAUAUUUUUGAUACACCCGGACACGUCAACUUUUCCGAUGAGGCGACGGCCGCGAUGCGGAUGAGCGACGGAGUGGUGCUAUUUAUUGACGCCGCCGAGGGCGUCAUGCUGAACACUGAGCGCCUGCUCAAACAUGCGGUGCAGGAGCGCCAGGCCAUCACUGUGUGCAUCAAUAAGAUUGACCGUUUGAUAUUGGAGCUGAAGCUGCCGCCUCAAGAUGCCUACUUUAAGUUGAAGCACAUAGUGGAGGAGGUGAAUUCGCUGCUCAGUACAUAUGCCGCCGCAGAUGACAAUGUAUUAGUGUCUCCCAUCUUGGGCAAUGUUUGCUUUGCAAGUUCCCUAUAUGGGUUCUGUUUUACUCUUAAAUCAUUUGCCAAACUCUAUGCCGACACUUACGAGGGCGUAAAUUACAUAGACUUUGCCAAGCGGCUUUGGGGCGAUAUGUACUUCAAUAGCAAAACGCGCAAAUUUUCCAAGAAACAACCUCAUAACUCAGCACAGCGCAGUUUCGUAGAGUUCAUUCUGGAGCCCAUGUAUAAGCUGAUUGCUCAGGUGGUGGGUGAUGUGGAUACAACCUUAGCUGACACCCUCGCCGAGCUAAAUGUCCGAGUUUCCAAGGAGGAAAUGAAAUCCAAUAUACGGCCGCUGCUGCGACUUGUCUGCAAUCGGUUUAUGGGAGAUUGCAGUGGUUUCGUCGACAUGUGCGUCGAGCACAUUAAAUCACCCUUGGAAAACGCCAAACGUAAGGUGGAUCACAUUUACACGGGGCCCAAAGAAGGUGAUAUAUAUCGUGACAUGAUCUCAUGCAACCAGUUCGGAGCCCUGAUGGUACACAGCUCCAAGAUGUAUCCAAACGAUGACUGUACAUUCUUCCAAGUGCUGGCGAGGAUCGUCUCAGGAACGUUGCAUGCUGGUCAAGAGGUGCGUGUUCUUGGUGAGAACUACACCCUGCAGGACGAAGAAGAUUCGCGCAUACUCCAAGUCGGGAGACUCUGGGUCUUUGAAUCCAGAUACAAAGUCGAAUUAAAUCGAGUUCCAUCCGGCAAUUGGGUUCUUAUCGAGGGAAUAGAUCAGUGCAUUGUAAAAACAUCAACGAUUGUGGACAUCAACGUCCCGGAGGAUCUCUACAUUUUCCGACCCCUGAAGUUCAACACGCAGAGCAUUAUAAAGAUUGCGGUUGAGCCAGUGAAUCCAUCAGAGUUACCCAAAAUGUUGGACGGUCUCCGCAAGGUGAAUAAGUCCUAUCCUCUCUUGUCGACGCGCGUGGAAGAGUCGGGUGAGCAUGUGAUUCUUGGAACCGGUGAACUUUACUUGGACUGUGUUAUGCACGAUCUUCGAAAGAUGUAUUCGGAGAUUGACAUAAAGGUUGCUGAUCCCGUGGUCGCGUUCUGCGAGACAGUGGUGGAAACUAGUUCGCUCAAGUGCUUUGCCGAGACACCCAACAAAAAGAACAAGAUAACCAUGAUUUCAGAGCCUUUAGAAAAGGGUUUAGCCGAGGACAUUGAAAACGGAACUGUGUGCAUAAACUGGAACAAGAAACGCAUCGGAGAGUUCUUCCAGGUCAACUACGAUUGGGAUUUGCUGGCAGCACGCUCCAUUUGGGCGUUUGGCCCCGAUUCAACUGGACCCAAUAUCCUCGUGGACGAUACGUUGCCAUCGGAAGUGGACAAGAACCUGUUAACAGCUGUAAAGGAUUCCAUUGUGCAAGGGUUUCAAUGGGGCACCCGAGAAGGCCCGUUGUGUGAGGAGCCCAUUCGAAAUGUCAAGUUCAAGAUUCUCGACGGUGUUAUUGCUAACGAAGCACUCCAUCGCGGUGGCGGUCAGAUCAUUCCCACAGCUCGCCGUGUGGCAUACUCUGCAUUCUUAAUGGCCACUCCGCGUCUGAUGGAGCCCUAUUUGUUUGUGGAGGUGCAGGCGCCAGCCGAUUGUGUGUCUGCAGUUUAUACGGUGCUGGCCAGGCGAAGAGGUCACGUUACACAGGAUGCCCCGGUGUCAGGAUCCCCCAUAUACACGAUCAAAGCAUUUAUACCCGCCAUCGACUCAUUUGGUUUCGAGACGGAUCUGCGUACUCAUACCCAGGGCCAGGCCUUCUGCUUAUCUGUAUUCCAUCACUGGCAGAUUGUUCCUGGUGAUCCGCUGGACAAGAGCAUCAUAAUUCGUCCGCUGGAGCCACAACAGGCUUCGCACUUGGCGAGAGAGUUUAUGAUUAAGACCCGGCGCAGGAAGGGUCUCUCCGAGGAUGUUUCUAUCAACAAGUUCUUCGACGAUCCUAUGUUGCUGGAGCUGGCCCGCCAGGAUGUCCUGGUAAACUAUCCGUUGUAAGACCAAGACGAUCCAAUAAACUUUUUAGACAUA